ACGUGUAUUAGUUUAUGACAUGUAUGACUCAACUUUAUUUGGCGGGGCAUUAGAUCAUUUCUAAAAGGGGAAUUCUCCUUUUAAGUAGGCCUAGAAAGGGACAUAUUUUACUUUAUUAUUUGAUAAUGGAACCUCUGUUGUCUCUGUGUCGUUCGAAGUUAUCUAAAGGAAUGGUUUGGCGUUGUUCAAAACAGUUACAAUUUUGUGAAAGAUGGAGGUGGCUAUUUCAGUCAGUGUUGAACCGACAUCGGCCAGUCCAGCUCUCCCCGAACCGAGGCUUAUGGUCAUUGAGGAUCCUUACACGCCCUCUAUACCGAUCCUGGUUUGUAGGACUCUGUGGUCUCAGUGGAGGGGGUGUGUUACUGUCUGCCAUGCCGUGUGUACCAGUUGGCAGCAAUGAAAAACCGUCCGCGCAAAGCACAUCGGCAUCACUUCAGAGUAAUGCAGGAUCCUUGACUCAUCGUGAACUUAUCAAGAAUGCUGCCGCUAUAGCUGUGGACUCGUCCUGUAUACUACUCACGCAUGCCGCGCUAGCUGCUAUAUCACUACAUAAGGAAUAUUCCGAGAUGGUGAAUAUAUUGAGACUGCUUCUAGAGGAGCAUGCCCAGUUUGUUGGUCCACCAUCACAGGAGGAUGACCUGUGGCAGGACAUCAUCCGCCAACGGGUAGAAAUUGAGGAUAACAUACGAGCAAUUGAGGAUGCAAACGUGAUGUUAACAUCAGCUAUCUUGGUUGUUGAACGUGCAGCUGAAGCAGCAUAUCAAGCAGAUGCUGAGCUUUCAGCCUUGACUGCUGGUCAACAUCUCCAACUGGUUCAGGCCCAGCUAGGUGCAGCUAGAAAAGUCUCCCAGAAGGCCAAGGAGGAGCUGACUAACAUUCAGGCCCAGACUAUCAAAAAAGAAGGAGACGGGGAACAAGACGGAAGCUGAGAAGAUGCCCAAAGUUGAUGCAAGUGAUGAAGAAAAAACAGAAGAUCGUUGUGAGUAGUGUAAGGAGAAUGCACGGAUGAUGACAAAGAAGGUAUGAUUGGGGGCGUGGUAUCUUCAUCCCACCCUAAAUCCGUUGGAGUCUUCCUCUUUGGUAUGAUUAUAUUUAUUGUGUUGAAGAUUGAAGCAAUAGACCGUGUCAGACAUGUUUGACAGCAUGAAUUACAACACAAAGUCAAAUGAAAAAGAAAAACACAUCAACAUUAAACACUCAGAUUCAAAUAAAUAAAUAAAACCAGAAUUGAGAAAACAAACCUACAAAAAAGAUAAUGUAAAUAACAUCAUCUUUUCUACACAACAUGUAUAUCUCUUGAAAUAAUGUUUAGAUGUGUUUACAUUAUCGUUUGAGUUGGGCAUACAUGAACAAACAUGACAAAAAUGCCAGUUGCCUGUUGGCGUGGCCUCCCGUUGACAUGGUCUAUAGCACAAUAUCUGCAUUAUUUUGUACUCCUACAUGAAUAUGUGACCUGCUCUGUAAAAAUGUGUCUGUUGUUGCAAAACUCCUGUUUUGAGUGAUCUACAUUAAUGAAAUGGGAAUGAAAUUAAGCUUUCAUUUGGUGUAUCAUGGACAUCUCUAGGAUAUUUAUUGUAUUGCUGUGCUUGUUUCAUUAUUUCCAAUUUUUACAAAGCUAGAAACGUCUCAAUGGAGAAAAAGGGUUUGAAAAAUGACACAUAUACUGUAACUAACCAGGAAGACACCAAAAAUUCCUCGUUUUGUUAGUCUUUUUCGUAAAAUAUUUAAAUUUCUUUGUAGGACAUUUACUAAAACUAUCAA